AUGCUUACCCAGGCAGUUCUCGCUACUCUCGCCACCCUGGCCGCCAGCCAGCAGGUCGGCACCCAGAAGGAGGAGGUCCACCCCUCCAUGACCUGGCAGACUUGCACCAGCAGCGGCUGCACCACCAACCAGGGCUCCAUCGUCGUUGACGCCAACUGGCGCUGGGUCCACAACACCGAGGGCUACACCAACUGCUACACGGGCAACACCUGGAACGCCGACUACUGCACCGACAACACCGAGUGCGCCUCCAACUGCGCCCUCGACGGCGCCGACUACUCUGGCACCUACGGCGCUACCACCUCCGGCGACUCGCUGCGCCUGAACUUCAUCACCAACGGCCAGCAGAAGAACAUUGGCUCCCGCAUGUACCUCAUGCAGGAUGACGAGACCUACGCCGUCCACAAGCUCCUCAACAAGGAGUUCACCUUCGACGUCGACACCUCCAAGCUGCCUUGCGGCCUCAACGGUGCCGUCUACUUCGUCUCCAUGGACGCUGACGGUGGCAUGGCCAAGUUCCCCGACAACAAGGCCGGCGCCAAGUACGGUACCGGUUACUGCGACUCGCAGUGCCCCCGUGACCUCAAGUUCAUCGACGGCAAGGCCAACGUCGAGGGCUGGGUCCCGUCCGAGAACGACUCCAACGCUGGUGUCGGCAACCUUGGCUCUUGCUGUGCUGAGAUGGAUAUCUGGGAGGCCAACUCCAUCUCGACCGCCUACACCCCCCACAGCUGCAAGACGGUCGCCCAGCACUCUUGCACUGGCGACGACUGCGGUGGCACCUACUCCGCGACCCGCUACGCCGGCGACUGCGACCCCGACGGAUGCGACUUCAACUCGUACCGCCAGGGCGUCAAGGACUUCUACGGGCCCGGCAUGACCGUCGACAGCAACUCGGUCGUCACCGUCGUCACGCAGUUCAUCACCAACGACGGCACCGCGUCCGGCACCCUCUCCGAGAUCAAGCGCUUCUACGUCCAGAACGGCAAGGUUAUCCCCAACUCCGAGUCCACCAUCGCCGGCGUCAGCGGCAACAGCAUCACCUCCGCGUACUGCGACGCGCAGAAGGAGGUCUUCGGCGACAACACGUCGUUCCAGGACCAGGGCGGCUUGGCCAGCAUGAGCCAGGCCCUCAACGCCGGCAUGGUCCUCGUCAUGUCCAUCUGGGACGACCACCACAGCAACAUGCUCUGGCUCGACUCCGACUACCCCGUCGACGCCGACCCGAGCCAGCCCGGCAUCUCCCGCGGUACUUGCCCCACCACCUCUGGUGUCCCCAGCGAGGUUGAGGAGAGCGCCGCUAGCGCCUACGUCGUCUACUCGAACAUUAAGGUUGGUGACCUUAACAGCACUUUCUCUGCUUAG